GUCAGUAUAUUGCAUCACUUCCGGUCGCCGGUCCGGGCGUGGAUGCGGCGCUUUCCCGGAUUCCUCGCCGGCUCUGCUCGCGGGGUCCCCUCUUCGAACCCUGCCCUGGUCACGGGGCGUCCAGCAACAAAAUGGUUCAACAAGUUCCAGAAAACAUCAAUUUCCCUGCUGAAGAAGAGAAAAUUUUGCAGUUUUGGUCCGAAUUUAAUUGUUUUCAAGAAUGCUUAAAGCAAUCCAAAAAUAGACCAAAAUUUAAUUUCUAUGACGGGCCUCCUUUUGCAACUGGAUUGCCUCACUACGGACAUAUACUCGCUGGGACAAUUAAAGAUAUCGUCACAAGAUAUGCUCACCAGAGUGGGUUUCAUGUUGACAGACGAUUUGGAUGGGAUUGUCAUGGCUUACCUGUGGAAUAUGAAAUUGAUAAAACACUGGGAAUCAGAGGACCAGAGGAUGUAGCCAAAAUGGGAAUUGCAGAAUACAACAAGCAGUGCCGCGCAAUUGUGAUGAGAUAUUCUUCUGAGUGGAGGUCUACUGUGACCAGGCUUGGCCGAUGGAUUGACUUUGACAAUGACUACAAAACUCUGUAUCCACAAUUUAUGGAAUCUGUCUGGUGGGUCUUCAAACAACUCUAUGACAAAGGCCUCGUUUACAGAGGUGUGAAAGUCAUGCCCUUCUCGACGGCGUGCAACACUCCGCUUUCCAACUUUGAAUCUCACCAAAAUUAUAAGGAUGUUCAAGAUCCUUCAGUCUUUGUAACUUUCCCUCUGGAGGAAGAUGAAAAUGUAUCUCUGGUUGCUUGGACAACCACUCCUUGGACUCUGCCUAGUAACCUUGCCCUGUGUGUUAACCCAGAGAUGCAGUAUGUGAAGAUUAAAGAUGUUGUCAGGGGCAAAGUACUCAUUUUAAUGGAAGCCAGAUUAUCAGCUCUUUAUAAACUGGAGAGUGACUAUGAGAUCCUUGAAAGAUUUCCAGGUGCCCAUCUCAAAGGCAAGAAAUAUAGACCCCUGUUUGAUUAUUUUGUGAAGUAUAAAGUAAAUGGUGCUUUUACUGUGGUAGUUGACAACUAUGUGAAGGAGGAAGAAGGCACAGGGGUUGUACACCAGGCUCCUUACUUUGGCGCUGAUGACUAUCGAGUUUGUAUGGACUUCAACAUCAUUCAGAAAGAUUCUCUUCCUAUCUGCCCAGUGGAUGCUGCUGGCUGUUUCACUGCAGACGUGACGGACUUCGUAGGGCAAUAUGUCAAGGAUGCUGACAAAAAUAUCAUAAGGACUCUGAAGGAGCAAGGUCGUCUCCUCGUGGCUGCCACGUUCACUCACAGCUAUCCUUUCUGCUGGAGGUCGGACACUCCCCUCAUUUACAAGGCGGUGCCCAGCUGGUUUGUGCGCGUGGAGCAUAUGGUGGACCAGCUACUAAGCAACAACGACCGGUGUUACUGGGUUCCAGAGUUUGUACGAGAGAAACGAUUUGGAAAUUGGCUGAAAGAUGCACGAGACUGGGCCAUUUCCAGAAACAGAUACUGGGGCACCCCUAUUCCACUGUGGGUCAGCGAUGACUUUGAGGAGGUAGUGUGUGUUGGGUCAAUGGCAGAGCUUGAAGAACUAUCAGGAGUAAAGAUCUCAGAUCUCCACAGAGAAAGCAUUGACCACCUGACUAUCCCCUCACGCUGUGGAAAGGGAUCCUUGCAUCGCAUCACAGAAGUAUUUGACUGCUGGUUUGAGAGUGGCAGCAUGCCGUAUGCUCAGGUUCAUUACCCAUUUGAAAAUAAGCGGGAUUUUGAAGAUGCAUUUCCUGCAGACUUCAUUGCUGAAGGCAUUGACCAAACCAGAGGAUGGUUUUACACCCUGCUUGUUUUGGCCACAGCUCUCUUUGGACAACCGCCCUUCAAAAAUGUGAUCGUGAAUGGCCUUGUACUAGCCAGUGAUGGCCAGAAAAUGAGCAAACGAAAAAAGAAUUAUCCAGACCCUCUUUCAAUCAUCCAUAAAUACGGUGCUGAUGCCCUCAGGUUAUAUCUGAUUAACUCCCCUGUGGUGCGAGCAGAAAACCUCCGCUUUAAGGAGGAGGGUGUGCGAGACGUCUUGAAGGAUGUGCUGCUCCCCUGGUACAACGCCUACCGCUUCUUCAUCCAGAACGUCCUGCGGCUGCAGAAGGAGGAAGCGAUUAAAUUCCUCUACAAUGAGAACACGGUUAAAGAAAGUGCCAACAUCACAGACCGGUGGGUCCUGUCCUUCAUGCAGUCACUCCUUGGGUUCUUUGAGACUGAAAUGGCAGCUUACAGACUGUAUACUGUAGUGCCUCGUCUGGUCAAGUUUGUGGACGUUCUAACCAACUGGUAUGUCAGGAUGAACCGCAGGAGGUUAAAGGGUGAGAAUGGAGCCGAAGAUUGUGUGAUGGCCCUGCAGACCUUGUUCAGUGUCCUGCUCUCUCUGUGCAGACUGAUGGCCCCCUAUACACCCUUCCUUACUGAACUCAUGUACCAGAAUCUAAAGAUGCUCAUUGACCCUGUUUCUAUCCAGGAUAAAGACACACUCAGCAUCCACUACCUCAUGCUGCCCCAUGUUCGAGAGGAAUUGAUUGACAAGAAGACAGAGGAUGCAGUGUCCAGAAUGCAGUCUGUGAUUGAGCUUGGACGUGUGAUUCGUGACCGGAAAACUAUUCCAAUAAAGUACCCUUUGAAAGAAAUUGUCAUUAUCCACCAAGACCCAGAAGCUCUUAAUGAUAUCAAGUCUUUGGAGAAGUAUAUCAUUGAGGAGUUGAAUGUUCGAAAAGUUACUCUGUCUACAGAUAAAAACAAGUAUGGCAUCCGCCUGAAGGCAGAGCCUGAUCACAUGGUCCUUGGGAAACGUCUGAAAGGAGCCUUUAAGUCGGUGAUGGCGUCCAUCCAGCAGCUGAGCAGCGAGGAGCUAGAGCGCUUCCAGGAGACUGGGAGCAUUGUUGUGGAAGGCCACGAAUUGCACGGAGAGGACAUCCGUCUCAUGUACACCUUUGAUCAGGCAGCAGAUGGGACUACGCAGUUUGAAGCACACUCAGAUGCUCAGGCUCUGGUUCUCUUAGACAUCACCCCUGACCAGUCAAUGGUGGAUGAAGGAAUGGCUCGGGAAGUCAUUAAUCGUAUCCAGAAACUUCGCAAAAAGUGCAAUCUGGUUCCAACUGAUGAAAUAACCGUUUAUUAUAAAGCAAAGUCGGAAGGAAACUACCUGAAUAACGUUAUUGAAAAUCACACAGAGUUUAUAUUUGCCACUAUAAAGGCUCCCUUGAGACCCUACCCAGUUCCUACAUCAGAUAAAGUCCUUAUCCAAGAAAAAAUGCAGCUAAAAGGUUCUGACCUGGAAAUUACGCUCACCAGAGGAACAUCUGUGCCUGGCCCUGCUUGUGCAUAUGUUAAUCUGAACAUCUGUACAAAUGGCAUUGAGCAAGGUGGAGUACUACUUUUGGAAAACCCAAAAGGCGAUAAUCAGUUGGACCUUUUAAAGUUCAAGAGCCUUGUUACUAGCAUUUUUGGUGUGAAAAACACAGAGCUGGCCGUCUUCCAUGGUGCAACAGAACUGCAAAACCAAACCAACUUGAUGAGUCUUAAUGGGAAAACACUUUGCGUGACCGCAGGGUCCCCUCCUCCUGUGACCGACAGCUCUGGUCCCGUCCUCUGUCAGUACCUCAACCUGCAGCUCUUGAAUGCAGACCCACAAGAGUGCUUAAUAGGAACAGUGGGCACUCUUCUGUUGGAAAAUCCACUCGGGCAGAAUGGACUCACCUACCAAGGUCUUCAGUAUGAAGCGGCCAAGGUGUUUGGCCUUCGGAACAGGAACCUGAAGCUGUUUCUGAGUGAGACUCAGACAGAUGAAAUCACAGAAGAAAUCCCCAUGAAGACUUUGAACACAAAGACUGUGUAUGUUUCUGUGUUACCAACAACGGCAGAUUUGUAACAUGAAGUUACCUGUGUGGUUUAAUCAGGCAUCUCCACCACAGACGUGAACAUGUGCACAUAGAGCCACAAGGAAAAUACAUUCUUUGAAUACAUGUCUGAUUUUGGUCUAAACUUGAAGUCCGAUUGAUUCGUCAAGUGACUUGAUGUGUGUUAGAUAUCUAUGUUGUCAUGUUUGGGGGAUAGUUAUAGUCUUACCUCAGCACUAUACAUUUAUUUCUAUGCUUGAAUUCUCAAGUACAGAAGGCAGAAGUAAUUUGAAUGGCAUAUAUAUGUAUAUAUAUAUAUAUUCAUAUUCCGUGGCCUCUCAAAGGAAUGAAAGAUGUUACAUACUUCUACUGCUUGGAUUUUCCUGGGUUAUCUGAUGGAAUGUUUUUAAGUCAAUCAUAAUAAUUAUCAUAAUCAAAGA